AGUUAGUAUGGACGUGGUUAUAGCUCUUUCUCUCUCGUUUGCUACAUUUCGUAAACUUUUUCAACUUUUUUAAAAGAAAACGAACAAUUUUUACCACACUAAGUGAUAUUUUACAAGUUUCUCUUUGACUUUAGUGACUUUUUAUUAUCCAGUAUGCUGUGUAGGGUGUCGUAUUUUGUCUUUGUUGUCAUCGUUACAGCGGUGUUUGCUGACAGACAACCUAAAUUGACCAUCCAGCCUAACACAGCAGUCAUUUCGAAAGAAACUGGAAGCAAGUUGGCGUUAACAUGUGCACCUGACGUAGAAGAACCAAACCUCAUCGCGCAACUGGAAUGGAGGGACUCCAAAAAUCGAAGGAUAGAGUCCACCCACAUAGGGAAAAAGAUUUUUGCACAGAGCAACGGUCGUGAUCUAAUCCUCUUCUUCCAAGAUUUACAAGAACGAGAUGCGGGCAAUUAUACAUGUUUUGCUAAUUAUGGUAGUGAAACAUUAAAAUCAACUGUUGUGGUGAACACUUAUGUUGAUAUAACAUUUGUGGACGCACCUGAAUCUCAAUACCCCAAAGUUGGAGAAGACUACCUUGUUAAAUGUAAAGUCCAUGGGAACCCAACACCAAACGUUGAGUGGUCAAAGAAAGACAAGAAGAUUGAAUCAAACGAAAAAUAUGUCAUACAAAGUGAUGGUUUGUUAAUAAAAAAUCCCGUAGAAGCAGACGAUGGAAGCUACACUUGUCGAGCGUAUACCGUGAUAACUGGUGGCCUUAAAGAGAGAGUUAUUAAGUUGGAAGUAAUUAUUCCUCCGGUGAUCAAAGAUAUGGCUCCGGUUUCGGUAAUUGAAGGAGAACAAGCCUGGACCAAGUGUGAAGCCACUGGAAAACCGCCCCCAAUCUACAGUUGGAUCAAGCAAAGGAAUAGUGAAGAUUUAUCAAAAAGUGACCGUUUCACCGUCAAACAAACCACUGGAAAUCUUUUGAUAAGCAAAGUUGAAUUCAACGAUGAUGAUUUUUACAAGUGUACAGCCGAGAACAAAGCUGGACGUGUGGAAAAAACAGUCAAAAUCAACGUUAUGGUCAAACCUAAAAUCUACGAAUUGCUUAACGUUACUGCUCCUGUGAAGCAAGAAACUAAAAUCAUUUGCAAAGCGCGUGGGCGUCCUACACCCAAAGUAUAUUUCCGGAAAUUAAGCGAUAAGGAACACCCAUUUCGAGUGGGACAACAGAGAGAUUCUCGGAUUAUUUUGGAGGAACAGAUGAUUGACAAAACUGGGGAGACUUAUGGGACACUUAUCAUAAGUAAUCUGAACAGGACUGACGAUGGGUUGUACGAGUGUAUAGCCGAGAACAGUGCUGGUACUAGUUACAAGAAUGGCCAUAUCGCUGUCGAAUUUCCCCCGACUUUCGCUCGGACUAAAGUUCUGGAACCCAUCGCUUGGACUUGGCACAACCAUCCUGGGAAUCUUACUUGCAUCCCUGAAGCCAUUCCCAAUGCCACAGUGGUAUGGAAACAUAACGGUUACAUCAUUGAUUCCGGUACUCCCCCUUUCAAAUUGGAGGCGUUUGGACCAGCCUACCACCUCAUCGUUGAUGCAUUCAACAAUCCGCGUUUUUACGGCCAGUAUGAGUGUCUAGCGACCAACAAACACGGAAAAGCGUCUCACUGGAUCCAACUGAAGGAAGCCAAAAUUCCGGAAGUGGUGGAUCAAGUCCGGAUUCAAACUCUCACUGCCACUACCAUCAAAUUCAAUAUUGUACCACCUCAGUACUUUGACACUCUCCCAAUUCGAUCGUUCACAGUCCAGUAUAAGCCCGAAGGCGAAAUUGGUUGGUCGUAUGCCAGGAAUAGAACUUGGAGUUUUGGUGCGCCUUAUAUUUUGGAGAAUUUGGCACCGGAAGUGACAUACAGUCUUCGGUUUGCGGCAGCGAAUGAUGUGGGCUUCGGGCCAUGGCGGAAUGUGCCACAGGUGACGAUGCCUAGGAGGUCGGAACCGGCGGAGCCUAAAAUCUACGUACCUAAUCAUAUUUUGGAUAAUAGCAGUAAUAGACAGGAUGUGAUUGCUGUGAGUCCGUAUGCCGAUCAUUUCGAGUUGAGGUGGCAAGUACCGAAUGAUAAUGGGGAUCCGAUUGAUGUUUAUCUGAUAAGAUACUGCGUGAUAACGAAAAUAAACGGCGAGUGGCGCGACAGCGACUGUAGCGAAGAGAUCCAGCAGACGUUCAAAUCCACCACCUAUGAUUUAAAUUCUUUGAAACCUGAUACCAUCUACAAAAUCGAAUUGCGUGCUCACAACUCAAUAGGUUCAAGUUCACCGGCUCAAAUCAAAGUGAAAACAGCCAGAGGUGUUUUUUAUGGGAGCUCGACUUCAAGUGCAUCUUUCUAUAUCCCUCUACAGGCUUCAAUGACUGUAAUCGUAGUGUUUUGUGCGUUUUACACGAAUCGGUGCUAAAUAGGAAAAGUUGACUCUUUCACUACAGGGGUUUUAAUGAAAUUAAAUGUGUUCCCAAUCGAUAAAUUCUGUAAAUAUUAAAUGGUAUUAAUCACACAUCGUUGCUUGGAACAAUUGGGUGUUUCGUUUUCAUUAUUGUAAAAUAGAUUAAUAGAAAUUGCUUCUUUCGCAUGAUUUUAAACAUUCCAACGCGUUGUUAUUGUUGACUUUUAGUAGACCAAGCAUGCUUGACAUUUUUAUUUUAAUAUUUUUCUCGAAGAUGCAGCUUUGAAUGUCAUAUCCGUUUUUAUUGAGCUUCAUUUCUCACCUUUACUAACAGUUUUCCUUGAUUUGCUCGUAGUCGAGUGUGAAUGUUGCGAGAAUUGGAUGCGCAUGAUUUAAAAUUGUUGAAUUACUAAGUUGUUAACCAUCCCGUACUGCCAAUUAAAAUAAAAUUGUAUAGGUAGUACUACUUGUUUCUGAAUCGAAUUUUACGAAUACCAAAAAUUACGCAGAGUCGUUUGUGGUAGUUGAGAAAAUUUAUUUUAUUGUUGAUAUUCAAAGGAUUUAAUGUGUCGAAAUUUAAGACUGACGGCCAUAGCUACAACAGACCUCUCUUGCGUUGUGUAUGUAUUUCUGCCAGACUUAGAUCAAUAUCUGCAUGUAUGCAUGUUUUUGUACUUAAAAGUUUUUAGAUUUCAUUGUUGUUGGUAUUUUUUUUUAUUUGUAUCAAGUCUAAAAACUUUCAAGUUAUGUUGUAGUUAUUUUUUGUUUUGUCGCAAUUGGACAAUAAAUUUAAGUCAUCAACGAAAAAAAUCAAUCUCAUUGUAAUAGAAUAAUUUAAAAAACAUGUCAAUUUAUAUCAAUAAAAUUGUCUAAAAUACAUUUGUUUGAGUUAAACUGUAGUUUGUAUUUUUUUAAGUUGUGCUUUUGUGAAGUGAUUUUGAAAGUGGCUUUUCAUGUGUUUAAACGACAAGGGACAAAAACGACUUGACGGAAAUGUACGUAGCUUCUUGUUAUCUUAACUGGACUUGAAGGACAAAAUGGAGGUCAUUAAUUAGCCACCAUUUUGUUUUGUAGAUCUGACCCGCUUCUUAAUCUUGCUUUGCAUGCUUCUAGGUUUCAUUAAGUGUGUAAUAUACUAACAAUCACACAAUAAAAACGGAUUAUGUAUAAACCCCCAAUUUUAUUUUAUUCGUCUUAUUUCCAACUUUCAGAGUUUAAUAAUUUUUAAGCAGUUUUUGUUAGAAACCGGCAUGAGCUGUUUUUAGAAUAGUAGACAUGGUGGAAGACAACACACUUCACAAAAAUGCGCUCAAUUUAUUAAAAAUGUGACUGAUGGUCACAUUUUUAAAUCACAACUAACCAAACUAAAUACGCUUAAAACAAAAAC